AUGCCUUGUUAUAACUCUGCUUCCAAGAACACUUUCCCAGUCGCCGAAGCUUGGGCACGUCUAGACCACAAACUAAAUCUGAUGUACUCCAAACGAGCAUUUGUACACUGGUAUGUGGGAGAAGCCUGCAGCGGCAGAGCUGAGGAGAGAUCGAGCGCUUACGUCUGGUCGUUACGUAUUUGCAUGCUCUCAAGAUUCGUCAUAAAGUUUUUGUACGAUUCUAUUCAACAAGUGCCGUUUCAUCGCCCUAUACCGCACUUGAGGCUUAGUCUAGCUGCUCACUGGGUGGAUACUGUUGUUGAGCGUAACAAGAAAAGUUUUCAUCGCCCUAUACCGCACUUGAGGCUUAGUCUAGCUGCUCACUGGGUGGAUACUGUGGUUGGACACUUAACAAGAAAGAGUGUUUGUCUCGUUCUUGAAGUAGAUAGGUAA